AUGAUGGAGAAUGGAAACACCAUUCUUCUCUUUGACUUGGAUGAAACUUUGGCCGAUUCGUUCCAGGUCGUUUCUCAGGAGAUGAAGGAAUGUUUGCAAAUGUGCAUGGACAAAGGGUAUCAUAUUGGCAUGGUUUCUGGGUCUGACGUCCAGAAGGUGGAGUUUCAGAUGAAACAAGACCUCUUCAGCAAACUCGAGUUUGCCUUUUGUGAAAAUGGCACUCAGGUGUACCAAAAGGGCAAGUUGGUCCAUUCCGAGUGUAUGCUGAACUACCUAAACGACGCUUACUUGAAUGAGCUUUUCAAUUACGUGCUGCGCUACAUCGCCGACCUGGACAUUCCUAAAAAGAGGGGGUGCUUCAUCGAAAGGAGGAAGUCGGUCAUUAACAUCUCCCCAAUUGGAAGAAACUGCUCAGAAUCCGAGCGCAGGGAGUUUUACGACUUGGACGCCAGGAUUAAAGUGCGUCAAAAGCUGCGUGACGACUUGACUGAGAGAUUCAAGGAUAAGGAGCCGAAACUUCGUUUUUCCCUAGGCGGCAAGAUCUCUGUCGACUGCUUUUUGGAUGGCUGGAGCAAAGAGUUUUGUGUUAAGUUUCUGAGUUCAUACAAGACUAUUCACUUCUUUGGUGACAUGACACACCCGGGUGGAAAUGACUAUGAGCUGUUCAUUCAUCCUCGUGUUAUUGGACACACUGUUGCAAACUAUAGAGACACUAUGGAGCAACUGAAAGCGCUCUUCCUCGAAAAAGAUUAA